AGCCGUCGUGCACGCGCCGGGAGGCAAACGAGGAAGCUUUGCAGCUUGCGGUCUCGACACCUCCACUCAACAUUGACAUCGGCAAACAUCCGGCAGCAGGUUCACGGCGGUCGCAAACCAAGCAACGAACAAAAAUAACAGGAUUUAUUUUCUCUCUCCAGUUUUAUAACACGCCGUUAGUUUUGUCUGGCGCAAACUUGCGGUGCCACUUUCAAGUUCAAAACUCGUCUAGUCGCUCGGAGCAUGGCUGACGGCGCGGCGGCGAACAGCGACGGCGAGGACGGACCUCGGCAGCCCAUGAGGGGCUUCGCUCGCCAAGGAGCCCUGCGUCAGAAAAACGUCCACGAAGUGAAGGACCACAAAUUCAUCGCGCGCUUCUUCAAGCAGCCCACCUUCUGCAGCCACUGCACCGACUUCAUCUGGGGUUUUGGCAAGCAAGGAUUCCAAUGUCAAGUGUGCUGUUUCGUGGUGCACAAACGUUGCCAUGAGUUUGUCACGUUCUCCUGCCCAGGAGCGGAUAAAGGUCCCGCAUCAGAUGAUCCGAGGGCGAAGCACAAGUUUAAGAUCCACACCUACUCCAGUCCGACUUUCUGUGACCAUUGUGGCUCUCUACUGUAUGGCCUCAUUCACCAGGGCAUGAGAUGUGACCACUGUAUGAUGAACAUCCAUAAGCGCUGUGUGGCCAACGUGCCGAGUCUGUGUGGAACGGACCAUACUGAGAGGAGAGGGCGGAUUUACAUUAGCGCUGAGAUCAAGACCAAUGUGCUCACCGUUACCAUCAAAGAGGCCAGGAAUCUUGUCCCGAUGGAUCCCAACGGUCUUUCAGACCCGUACGUGAAGCUUAAACUGAUCCCGGAUCCUCGCAGCGAAAGUAAACAGAAGACCAAGACCAUUAAGUGCUGCCUCAACCCCGUCUGGAAUGAAACCUUUAAAUUCCACCUGAAGGAGUGCGAUAAGGACCGCCGUCUUUCCGUGGAGGCGUGGGAUUGGGACCUGACCAGCCGCAAUGACUUCAUGGGAUCUCUGUCCUUCGGCAUCUCGGAGCUGCAAAAACAGGGAGUGGAUGGAUGGUUCAAGAUGCUCUCCCAGGAAGAAGGCGAGUACUUCAAUGUUCCAGUUCCGCCGGAGGGGGAGGAGGGCAAUGAGGAGCUACGGCAGAAAUUUGAGAGGGCGAAAAUUGGUCCGGGCAAGAACACGGAAGGCAAAUCUGCCAAUGCCGCCCGCUUCGACUCCAACGGCAACCAAGAUCGCAUGAAGCUGUCCGACUUUGAAUUCCUGAUGGUGCUGGGAAAGGGCAGUUUUGGCAAGGUGAUGCUUGCAGAGCACAAAGGGACCGAAGAUCUGUACGCAAUCAAGAUCCUGAAGAAGGAUGUGGUGAUCCAGGAUGACGACGUGGAGUGCACCAUGGUGGAGAAGAGAGUGUUGGCGCUGUCGGGAAAGCCGCCCUUCUUAACGCAGUUGCACUCCACUUUCCAAACCAUGGACCGCUUGUACUUUGUCAUGGAGUUCAUCAACGGCGGAGAUCUCAUGUAUCAGAUUCAGCAGGUCGGCAAGUUCAAAGAGCCUCAUGCUGUAUUCUACGCCGCAGAGAUCGCCAUCGGAUUGUUCUUCCUGCAUCAAAAGGGCAUCAUCUACAGAGACCUCAAGCUGGACAACGUGAUGCUGGACAGCGAGGGCCACAUCAAAAUAGCCGACUUUGGCAUGUGCAAAGAAAAUAUGAACGAUGGAGUCACCACCAAGACCUUCUGCGGAACACCUGACUACAUCGCACCAGAGAUCAUAGCUUACCAGCCCUAUGGCAAAUCCGUAGACUGGUGGGCCUUUGGAGUUCUGCUUUAUGAGAUGCUGGCGGGACAGCCUCCUUUCGACGGUGAGGACGAGGAUGAGUUAUUUCAGUCCAUCAUGGAGCACCAUGUCUCCUAUCCCAAGUCAAUGUCCAAGGAGGCUGUGGCUAUCUGUAAAGGGUUGAUGACCAAACAUCCAGCCAAGCGGCUAGGCUGCGCUCCAGAGGGGGAGCGAGACAUCAGGGACCACAGCUUCUUCCGCUACAUGGACUGGGAGAAAUUGGAGAACAAGGAGGUGCAGCCGCCAUUCAAACCCAAAGCUAAAACCCGUCGGGACACGUGCAACUUUGACAAAGAGUUCACCAAGAUGGCGGUGGACCUGACGCCCACAGACAAGCUGGUCAUCAUGAACCUGGACCAAGAUGACUUCAUGGGCUUCUCCUACACCAAUCCGGCAUACGAGGCUCCGAACUGAAGCCGAACAGAUUGUUGACGAGAGAGGCGACGCACGUGUUAGGCCAAUCCAUUCGACCCACAUAAAUGGUAUCGUCCAACUCGGCUUGCACAAUACACUGCAUACCAAAGACUUUCAACGUAUUGUGUAAAAAAUAAAAUAAAAUAGAAACAGUAAAAAAAAACAUUCAAUGUUUAUAGAAAUGAUGACAUCAUAUUGGAUGUAACAACUUUAUUAGUCUUAAAAUGUUAAUUGGAUAAUGGCGCCCUCUCCUUAAAGUUCUGACUAUACUAGAAUAAGAAUAGAGGUCGACAUGCAGCAUUGGUCAUCUUUUUUUAUCAGGUCUGUCUCAAAAAUAAGUUGGUCUCGUUAUUCCCCAAGCCUGUGAGCAACUGAAAAAGACAAGGUCAAAAUGAGGAAAAAAAAUAUUUUUACAAUUCGGGUCGUUUCACAUUUUCAUCGUAUUAAUGGCCACAUAGAAAGCCGUGAAGAGAUGAGCACAAUUCAUUGCAAGACGUCGGCUGACUUUCAAUAUGGUCUCAUCAUAAAACAACAUUUCCAGGAAAAAAAAAAAGAAGAAAUAAAUAAAUAAUGGAAAUGAUCAAUUCUAUGGUCAAACACGGUAAUGAAAUCAGCAUAAAUGGCGCUGGCUUCUGAAAAGCAGCACGUACUCGAACGCGGAGUUGUAAAUGUGGGGCGCGGUGGGUAUGAAGUGUUCAGCAAUGUGCUCGCCGCGCGCAUUUAGUCGUCAUUGCGCGCAUACCUUUUCCAUCAAAUUGUCGCAACAACUUCAGUGGUGACAAACUUUAGAGGUGCCACAUUGAGCCAGGUUUAAAGCAGCACGUUCUAAAUGUACGGAUGAUGGAGAAAAAGUACUCGUCGAGGGCGCUGCGAAAGGCCAAGGGUAUCCGCGGGAACCGAGCUCUGAGCACUCAAGCUUUUCCUUCGCUGUCCACAUCAUAGCGUGACUGUGCUCAUUUGUGCAUUUGGACCAUUGUUGCCUUUUUCAAUCAGCAGUCAUUCACGACACUGUGGAAGUGCUGACACAUCACUGAGGAAAAUGCCUAAUGAGGAAACUUCUUUGACACAUUUUCUCCUGGGUUUUUUUUUUUUUUGCCGCCACUUCUUUCUCCCCCCCCCCCCCCCCUUAAUUAUUUCCAUUUGCUCGGUAAUCCUUGCUACUGUCGAGGCCCGCUGGGGAGCCGCAAAUGAUGUGAUGUCAAAAGGUUACGGCAGUCACCAAUCGGGCGCGCGCGCACACGCACAGCGGCUGAGGAAAUGGUUUGACAACUUCCAAAUGAGCCAUUUUGCAAACAGCAAUAAUAUCAGCAAGGCUGCCAAUCCAACCUCCCACCCCCUCACCCCACCCAACACUUUUUUUGCUCGCGUAAAUAUAUGCACAUAUUGACGUUUGGAAGAUGCAAAAUCUGUGCGGAUUCAAGGCCACGUUCUUUCUAAUUCAGCAAAUCUGCCCCAUAGCCUUCCGCCGCUUUAUAGUAUAAUGCCGGCGUUACCCCCGCCCCCCUCCCCCCCCCCCCUACUGCAGUGUAGUUUAUACACCGCCAUGCUGUAUGAGCAUGACUGAGACUUGGAAUUAUUAGGUGAAGCGUAACAAGGCGAACAAUGAUGUUUUCUCCUGGAGGCGCGUGACACACUGCAGGUCCGAUGCGUGCACGCUCACACACACGACUGAAAUUAAAACAUGAUAAUAAUGUCCAAUCUAAUAAGGUCCAAUACAAGAACAUUGCCAAAAAUUUAGCCUUUACACGAUACGAAUGUUCACCUAUCAGUGACACCUAUCCUAAACUGCAAGAUCUCCCCUUGCGGAUGAUGAUAGAAUUUGUUCAGUGAAUUGAUUUCUACAAUGAUUCCGAGGGAUUGUCCCAUGCUGGCGUCAUAUUUAUGAAUGAAAUUUAAUGACGUUAGCAAAGCAUGUCAAUGUGUUUUACUUUAUUCAAACUAACAAUUGCGGUACCUGUGAUGAAUGAAUUUCUCAUGCAAAUUUCAUAUCGGAGCUUUUGUGGAUGGAUGGUUUAGUAGGUUGCUAAAUAUGCAGAAGGCAUCUAUCAUUCUCAACCACUGAGCUCACAUUGAUCGACUCCUGCCGCCGGGGAGUCGUGAAGCAUUUAAUUGGGCCCGACCACUGUGUGAAGUGAUGUGAAGUGCUGUACAACUUAGGAUACAUCCGUCCCAUACGCGUAUAAGAAGCUCGUUUAAAGUUCUGCAUAUAUACAAUUAUAUUUUGUCUGUGUUCCUUUGGGUGGUUCAAAAUCAUCCAUAUACAAAUCCCCUUAUUCCAGACAUAAAGUAAUAGCACACUUUAAUGUUUUUUCCUGGAGUUAUACUAUGCAUGCACAUGUUUCAUUCACUCUUUCAUUACCUGUACUAUAUGAGCUGGAUUGAUCCUCUAUAAAAUGUUGAUUGAUAAGUGUGUGCUCCGUGUACUAAUAACAAUUACACAAGUUGUGCUUUUUUUUUUUUUUUUUUUUGGUACAUGUAUACGGAAGAUACACUACAAGUUGUGUGUUAGGGUAAAGAGUCUUCCAUCGUCAUAGGAGAAAAUACACGUGUUUUAAAAAUCGUUAUACUGCAAUACAGAAUUGCUGUCUAUUGAAUUAGAAGGACGAUUUAGUUCAAGGAAUGCUAAGUUUCCUCCCCGCCUCUUGUUUUAGCUUGAGCCGAACCCUCUCUUCCUCUGCGGUGUGCUCUUCCCCUGCACUGUACAACCCCACCUUUAUUUCUUCUCAUCAAUAAUCCCCCCCCCCCUCCCCACCACCCCCCACAGCCCGCUUCUUCGCAUUCUCUCCACCCAACGUCAACUCCUGAACUAUGGCCACCUUUUCAAUGCUCACACCUGCCUCAUGUGCUUUAAUUUGGGCUCGCUGCACAUGCUAAAUGCUAAGACACCGCAAAAGACGAGUAGAAGAAUAUUUUGUGCCAUCGUUCGCCAAUCAGAAAAUGUCUACUGUGGUGUUGAUGAUUGUAGAAUAAUAAAUGAUUGUGAAAGGUC